AUGGAUCAAGAUUCAUUCCCCCGUAUCAAAUCACAAGAAGAUAUCGCCGCCAUCAAGAUUCAAAAGGCUUAUCGUGGAUAUUUGGUAAGAAACGGUUCGAAUCCUUUGAAGGCAUGGAGGAGAUUGAAAAUGUAUAUGUAUAGCCAGGCAGUGAAACGACAAGGCGCGUCCACUUUAAAGUAUGUGCAAACAAUGGCUCGUGUCCAGUCUCAAGCUCAAACCAGGAAGAUUCGAAUAGCUGAAGUCAACGAGGCUCUCCGACAACAGCUCCAUCAAAAGCGCAUAAAUAAGCUCAACAACUCCAAAUCCUCAGAGAGAAGCGGUUGGGAUUUGAGCCCGAAAUCUAAGGAACAAGUAGAAGAAAGUUUACGAAGGAAAAAGGAGGCUGUUGAAAGAAGAGAAAAAGUAUUAGCUUAUUCACACACUCAUCAGCAAACAUGGAGGAAGAACUUGAAAAAAACUAAGGGCGCAGACUGGGAAUGGAAUCGGUCGGCAAGCCGCCAAUCACCGCCUUUCAAGGUGGUGGCUCAGCCAGCAAGAUCGCAGUCAAAGGUGGCGGUUUUGUCAACAAAGUCCGUGAAAGCCUGGUCUCCGAUGUCAAAACCUGGUCCCACUCCAAUGGUGUCAGGAAAGAAACGCGUACAAAAUACAGGAGCUUUGGUUGGGUCGGCCAAGAAGCGGGUUGCAGUAUCGGGUUCACCAUCUUCUGUUGGGAAAAAGUCAUUGGGUAGGACAAAUACUAACACCAAAAGGUGAAUGGAAGUUUGAAAAUGGGAAGGUUGUUGUUGGUGAUGUAUGUUGUUGGAGAAAAGAAAAAAAAAAAAUCUAUAUAUAAAUGUACUCGUGUUGUACAAGUAUUUAUGUAUAAAUGAAAAAUGAAGAGCUCAUAUGAUCAAAGAUUUUGAUACCAUAAUUAUGUCCGUUGAUUGUCUUG